ACAGGCCACCGCUUCGGAGCGAGCCCGGGAAUCCUCCCUCCGGCAGGAGUUGCAGUUCGUCUCCGAUCCCCUUGGGAUUUAAACCUUCUUUCACACCCGCACACAGACACACACACACACACACACACACAUACAUAUAUAUAUGUAAGAUUUUUUUUCCCCCCCUUCCUCUUUUUAUUUUUUCCUCCCGUGCAAAGUGGGGAAGGAACUGCACCAAGGCAGCCCGCAAGAUCUUGCAAUAUUGCUGCGGUUUAUCACUGCUAUUAUUCGCAAUUAAUUAUUAUUAUUAUUAUUUCGAACCUCACCCCAGGCGGGGAGGGAAGCGGGACCAUUCUCGGCAGGAGAAACGUUGCCCUCCGUAUCAAUAAAGAUUUUUUUUUUUGCUUUUUUCUUUUUUUCUUUUUUUCUUUUUUUUUUUUCCCCCCCCUCCUUCUUCCCCUUCCCCUUUUUGAGAAAGGGGGAGCGGGUGGAGGGCCAGCAGAGCAGAGAGGGAGGGAGAGAGGAGGGUGUCGAGCCGACAAAUAGAGCAACCCCCGAGUGCCGACGCGGAGCGGGAGGCCGCGGCGGCGAGAGGGGGGGGGGAGGCGGGCCCCAGCGCCGCCCGCCGCGAAGGGGGGCCAAGCCGCCCCAGACAGGUGAUGGGCGUUUCGGCUGCGCUCCGGAUCGACUCCUUGGGUUUCACUUUGGUCUGAUCUAAGCAAAUAUGCAGAAGUACCGGCUGGUCUAGUCCUAAGAGCCAAGAGGAGCGAGCCAGAGCAGCAGGAAAGGAGAGCAGCCACGCUCCCGUAGCGAGGGGAACGUACAAACAGCGGCAGCGCCGUAAUUAAACCACCAUCGCCCCGAGGCAGCCCUGACCCACCCUGGAUGCGGAGGACCCCCCGAGCCACCCCGCUGCCUUUCCCCUGAGGGAUGGUACUGAAUUUCUGCGCGGCAGGAGCCGGCCUGCAGCUCCUCUCCAUCAGCGUUGCCUUCCCUCCGUGUCUAAAGUGCACUAGACCGCGAUGAGGACCUGGGCUUGCGUUUUGCUGAUAGGUUUUGGCUACCUGUCCUUUACCUUCUCCGAGGAGGCCGAGAUCCCGCAGGAGCUCAUCGAGCGGCUGGCGCACAGCGAGAUCCACAGCAUCCGCGACUUGCAGCGCCUCCUGGAGAUUGACUCCGUAGGAUAUGAUGAUGUUUCAGAAACAAACUUAAGGUCUUACAGUGUUCAUUCUGCUAAACAUGUGCAAGAGAAUCGUCCUGUGCCCAUUCGCAGAAAAAGAAGCAUUGAGGAAGCCAUCCCGGCUGUCUGCAAAACACGGACGGUUAUAUAUGAGAUACCUCGGAGUCAGAUUGAUCCCACCUCUGCCAACUUCCUGAUAUGGCCACCCUGCGUGGAGGUGAAACGUUGCACUGGCUGCUGCAACACCAGCAGUGUGAAAUGCCAGCCCUCACGGAUACACCACAGAAGCGUCAAGGUGGCAAAAGUGGAAUAUGUUAGAAAAAAGCCAAAAUUAAAAGAAGUUCUGGUGAGAUUAGAAGAGCAUAUGGAAUGCACCUGUACAUCAUCAAAUACUAAUUCAGAUUAUAGAGAAGAAGAAACUGAUUAACAGGUAUUUAUUGGGAGUAGUAUGAUAGAAGCAAAGAUUUACUAAAAUUCAACUUUAAAAGUGAUCAUGUAAACUCAAUCAAAACAGCAUUUAGAACUUCUUGUCCCAGAUGUAAGGUGAAAAUAAGCUAGAAAAAAACUUCUCUCUGGGACAUGGAUGUACAUGGUUUGUUACAUUCCUGAACCUACUAUGUAUGGUGCUUAUUGACUGUAUACUUUAUUUGUUCUCCUGUGUGAAAAAAACUGGCUCAAAAGAACACUUAAUGAGAACAAAGAGACAAUGUACAUUUGUUUAAUGUGACAUCAAAGCAAGUAUUGUAGCACUCUGUGAAACAAUAGGAAGCUUCCCUGUCCAAAAAAAAAAAACAAAAAGAAAAAGAAAAAACAGAAAGAAAAACAGGAAAAAAAAAGACAUUUCAAUGAAUGGAGGAUACCAAAAUUACUCAAAACCAUGACAAAAAUCUAAGUGAAUAGUGGAUUUCUGUCAGAGCAGUCAACGGUGCUUUACGUCAAGAAAUGUGCCUGCGUUCUUGAUGAAGAUGGAUGGACACUGGUGGACUUCAGGCACAAAAAAAGCAGGAAUGUAUGAAAUGAUCAAAUGCCACGCAAACACUAUAGAACAAUACAUCCUUGCUUGGUGGUGUUUUCAGAGUCUAUACAAAAAAAAAACCUUCUGGGGAGCCUUAAGUGGAUUUUUUUUUCCUCCUUUUUUUUCGUUUCUUUUUUUUGGGUUUUUGUUUUGUUUUUUGUUUUUUUUUUUUUUACACCAUAAAGUGAUUAUUAAGUUUUCCUUUUACUCUUUGCCUAGCUUUUUAUUAUCUCUUGGACUACAUUUGCCAAUAACACGUAUAAAAGACUGGUAUAACAAUAAGCAGAACACACACAAAAAAAAGAAACCCAACGUUAUGGUAUUUUCUCCUAGUGGGAUGCAAACUAAUGAGAUGUAUUAAAAUAAAAAUGGUAUACCUAUGCAUAAUUUUCUAGACGUUUCUUGGUUUAUGUUCCCCAAUCUCCCCCAUAAUUUAAAGCAUUACAUAUAAAGAAAAUUAAAGAGAGAGACAAAAAAAAAGAGAGAUGUGCGUAAACAAAUCAUAGGAUAUCCAUGCAAAAAUCCUUUUUCUCCCUUUGAGACUUAUGCCAGUUGCCUACUAGUGAUAUUGUGUUAGCAAUUGUCAUUCUUAUCAGUAUCCAGAUACUUUUAUUUCACAUGUUGGAGCUGUGUGAAAUGUACAAAUUUCUUGUAUCUGCAUUGUACAAUGUCAUGGUGGCAUGGGAACUACCUUGCUGCAAAUAUUUGAACAAAACCUAAAAUUCUUUAUUUUUGGUAAAAUGUUAUGCUUUAUGUGUAUUCAACAGAAAUAUGUGUUUUUGUAAAGGUGAAGUUUGUAUUUUUAUCUAAAAAUUAACAGUUUUAUAUACCUGAGAAAGCCUGCUAUGUUUUCUUGAACCAAAAGAAAAAAAAAGAAAAAAAAGAGAAAAAAGAAGAAAAAAAAACACAAAGAAAAAAAAAGGCAUUUUGUGGUCAUAUUUUUGUAGUAGAAUAGCCCAAAUAACAUCAAAAUCUAUUUUAACUAUAGCAGGGCAGAUAAAAUACUCUGGCACCGGUUGCUGUGUUUUCAAAGUGCCAAAGGAUUAAAUGUUCAGUUCCCUACAGAUUGCAGUGGGAGCCACAUGGCUAAAUCUUUCUGCACUGCUUUGGAAAUGCAGGGCUGUGCCAGAUAUGACAUGGCUACUCACUUGGCCAAAAUCCCUGCCCCACCCCAGUAGUUUGUGUUAUGUACCCUUUGUUUUAGUUGGAUUUAUCGCAUUGGAUAUGUAAAAUGAACUACUGGACUCUUUUAGUUGUGAAACAUCUACAAAGAGAUGAAAGAGUUUUCUUUGUUUGGAAUGACAGAAAGAAAAAGUUUGUCUUGAAGACAGUGUUUCCACGCAAAAAAUGGCUUCACAUGUGAAUGAGCUGCAGAACCUUAAAACAGCAGAAGAGAGAGAGAUUUUUAACCUUUCCAUUUCUUUAAAUAGAGUUCAAACAUUCCCCUCCCAUUCCUCUAGCUAUGUCCAAUGUCAACCAAACAAAGCAAUGUUAGCUAGCAGGCGUUAUUGGCUGCAGCCGCUAAUGCAGAGCUAGAGUUAGUCACCCUUCUAUUUCGUGACCAUUUUCCCAGUGUAUUUGUUGAGCACCAAAACUGGAAAAUACAUUUAACUAAAGAUUGUCUGUGCUUGUUUUCCACUAAGUGUACUGUUCACGAUGUUAUGCACAUGAAUGUAUGUGUCUGCGUUUAAAAAAGAGAAAGUGUAUAAAAUGUAAUUUAUAUAUUUAUGUUUCAGUGGGAUGCCAAUAAUGUUGCUCCGUUCCUUUUUACUUUUUUUUUUUUUUGUCUAAAAGAUAUCUAAUGAAAAGAGAAAAAGCCAAAAAAAAGCAAAAAAAAAAAAAAGCAUAUAUCCAUUAAAAUUGUAUAGAUGAAAAACGUUAUAUGACCCACUCAGACACUGUGCAGGUAUGAAAGGUUGUCAGAGUCACUUAAGUGGAAUAAUUUGCAAACCCAGCUCUUUGAGAGUCCUGGGGUUGGACUGGUGUAAGAAAGUUGAGUUCAGAUCUGUGGGCCAGUGUCCCUGGAGGAACUCCAUUGAGUAUAAUGGAGCUCUGCAGAUUGCCAUCACGAGUGAGUCUGGCCCUAUAGUAUAGUCUUGAAAUAAAGAGGCGUGCAUUUUAUUGGUGCCAGCAAAGAAAUGCGUUAUGCCAAAUCCAGAAAACCCAGAGAGAAUGAAGAUUGGGUGGAGUCUUUCCCAGCAGUGGUUUGUUUGAGACUCGUAGUCUCGAGUUAGUUUUGUCAGCAGGAAUGAGGCGCACCGGAGUCUUUGUUCUCAAGCACAGUGUUCAGACAACACAAAAAUCUCAGGGCUAUAUUCUCAGCUAGUAGAAAUUGGCAAACGUUUUUAACUUCAGCAGCCCCUAAGCUAAUUUACAUCAGAUGAGGAUCCAGUCCACAGUAACUAAACUGUGAGGAAUAGUAUCAUGAUACGAGCAUCACUUUCUCUAGUCCAGCUGAGCGAGAUGCUACACAGCAGCCUUUGAAGCGUUACAGGCUAUGGUAUUGGUCCUUCUUCCAAGUGGCAGAUACAACCAGAAGGAACAGUAACAUUAAAGGUUGUGACAGAGGAGAUGUUAAUUCAAAGUUAAGUUGGACAUUUCAAGGGCCAUAUCCUCAGCUGGUGUAAAUCACCAUCACUCCAUUGCCUGCAAUGGAGCUGUACCAGCUUACACCACUUGAGGGGCUGGUCCCUCAUUCUUGCUCAUCCCUUUCACUACUUGGUCCUGCAGGGAUCUCAGAUUGUUGUGUACGGUUAAUGUAAUCCUGUGUUCUCUAAUACUUAAGCACAAUAAGUGAAUAUGAGAAUGAGUGUCAGACUUAACUUUGAAUGUCCAAGCUCUGAAAUGGUUUGUUUCACCAUUGUGGCUGUAAAUUAAACAGUUCUCUGUGCA